CCCCUUUUUUUUUUUAGGACAAUUCUUCCUCGUUCUCUCUUUUUUUUUUUUUUUUUUGGGUGGAAUUCUUCUUCGUUCUCUGCUGAAUGCUGAGUCGCUGACCCAUAAAUAGGUUGAAAUAACGAUCCACACUUUCCAUCAAUGCUGCACCAUUUCCGGACCGGGAUCGUAUUUCCUGCACGGAACAACCCCUUCACUCCACUUCUCAGCCCUCUUCGACGCCAUAGACGCCGGCCUACGACCAAUCUGAAAAUGGCGGUGACCGAAUCAGUAUCCAAGAGACCCAUAUGCCCCGCGUGCUCCAAACCCGCCAGAGUUUGCCUCUGCUGCCGCAUUCGGAACCCUUGCCUCGACAAUUCGGUAAGUGUAACCAUCCUUCAACAUAGUUUAGAGAAGAAGCACCAUCUUAAUACUGCUAGAAUUGCAAAAUUAGGGCUCAAGAAUCUGACUGUGGUUACGGUUUCUGAUGUUAAUUAUGAAGCCCGGAAUGAAAUUAGGUUGGUUGAACAGCGACCCGAAUCGGUUUUCAGUCGAAAUGGAUUGGAAAGUUCAGGCCUUGAUACGGUUAGCUUAAUAAGAAAGGAAGUUAGUAAUUUUGAGUUUAGGGGAAAUAUGAAUUGCCCAGAAGAAGAUAGCACUGAUUGCAUAGACGAUGAUAUAGAGAAAAGCAGUAAUAUGAUUGCUUGUAAUGGAGAAUGUAGUUUGGGAAAUGAUAGAAAUAUUCAAAUGUCUUUGGGAGGAUCAAAUUUUGGGGAUCCUUCCGAUUUUCUGAUGAGUAAUGGCUUAACUGUAGGGGUAGAAAAUGAGUCUAGAAAUGUUGUCAAACAGGGUUCAUUUGAUACAGAUGUGAUUUUGGAUGUGUCUAUGUCAAAUGAAGCUAUUUUGGGUGGCAGAAGUAGUCGUAGUUUAGUUGAUAAGCUUUUGGUGCUGGAUUGUGAUCAAAGUGAGCAGCAGCCUGUAAUUACUGCUACAAUUGGUAGAUAUGGUGUCAUUAGUGAUGUUUACCAUGUUUGGAUGGGGGAAGCUCAUUUGAAGGCAGAAGGCUUUGAUGGCAUCUUGGGCUCAGAGGAAGUGAUGAAGGCCCUGGCUAAAGGGUUUGUGGUGAAAAAAUUCCAGAAGGAGAAACCGAGCUGGUGGAGCAAGGAGGCAAAGGAGCAUGAAGAGUUUGCACUUGAGGUUCCUCCCGGAUCAGUACUUCUUUUCCCUAGUGAAAAGGCAGUAGAUACCAGUCUCCUUAAGGCAAUGAAUUUUGAAGCGAAGAACUUGAUUGUUCUGGAUGGGACAUGGGCAAAGGCACUGAGAAUGUACUGUGAGAAUCCUUGGUUGAAGAUGCUGCCACAUUUGAGGCUGGAUGUAGAGAAGAUGAGCUUGUAUAGUGAAGUGAGGCAGCAGCCAAAGGAAGGAUAUCUGUCCACAAUUGAAAGCAUCGUGUAUGCCUUGAAGGCUUUGGGGAAUGAUCUUGAAGGAUUGGACAAUCUCUUGGAUGUUUUUGAGUCAAUGGUAGGGGAUCAAAGAAGAUGCAAAGAUGAGAGAUUGAGCAAAGUCUCCAUAGACAUGGAGUAGUUCUUAAAUAAUUUUGUAAAGGGUUAAUUACAAAAUUUCCCAAAUUUUGGCAGAAAUUACAGUUUGUAUCCAUUGUUUCAAGAAUAUACAUCAACAAUAGUCUUCAAUGUGCCCGAUACACAAUGUCAAACAUGUGAUGAACAAAUAAAAUUUGACUUUUCUGAAGCUUAGGGGAACGAUCUUGAAAGAUUGGACAAUCUCUUGGCUGUUUUUGAGUCAAUGGUAGGGGAUCAAAGAAGAUGCAAAGAUGAGAGAUUGAGCAAAGUCUCCAUGGACAUGGAGUAGUUCUUGAAUAAUUUUGUAAGGGGUAAAUUAAAAAAUUUCCCAAAUUUUGGCAGAAAGUACAGUUUGUAUCCAUUGUUUCAAGAAUAUACAUCCAACAAUAGU